AGAAUUAAAACAAUCAUUUUAUCUUCUCUUAGAUGGAAAUCCCUUCUUCCACAAUAAUAAACCAGUACAUUGCCUGUCAAGGUCCAUUGCCGAACACUUGUCCUGAUUUUUGGCAGAUGACUUGGGAGCAAGGCUCAUCUAUGGUUGUAAUGUUAACAACUCAAGUUGAACGGGGCAGGGUUAAAUGCCAUCAAUACUGGCCAGAGCCAUCAGGAAGCUCAUCGUAUGGGAAUUUCCAGAUUACCUGCCAUUCAGAAGAAGGAAAUCCUGCUUAUGUCUUUCGAGAAAUGACACUGACUAAUCUGGAGAAAGAGGAAAGCCGCCAGCUGACCCAAAUUCAGUACAUUGCAUGGCCUGACCACGGGGUUCCUGAUGAUUCCAGUGAUUUCCUAGACUUUGUGUGCCUCGUGCGAAAGAAGCGGGCUGGCAGAGAAGAACCUGUUGUUGUUCACUGCAGGUACCCC